AUGGGCAUUAUGUUUCCUGGAAUAAAAAAAAUUCUGGUGGCCUUUAUGAUCUUUACACUUCUUGCUUGCAUAGGCCACUGUUUUCAUGUAUCUUCCUUGCCAUGCAAUGUAUCUCUAGCCCAAUCUUGUCCUGCUUCACUGUACUAUGUUCCAAAUUCCCCCAAAACCCUAGCAGCAGCAGCUUCUUUAUUCCAUGUGGAUUCAAAUUUAGUCAGACAGACCGUCGAGGGUUACCUGGUUAAUGUGAAUUGCAGCUGCCCAGCAGGCCACACUGCAUUCACCUGGCACAUGGAUUACACAGUCCAACCUGGUGAUACAUGGGAGCGAAUUUCAUCAAGUUUUGGGUCAUUUGUGGUGAAGAAAACUGAUAAAAUGUUGAUUUCCUCACAGAAUGUUACUUUAGAUCUCUUGUGUGGUUGUUCCAAGGAUAAUAAGGUGAUUGUAACCUAUAGAGUUAAACAUGGGGAUACGCUUUAUACCAUUUGUUCUCGGUUUAGUGCAGAUUUAAACCAGACGGUGCAGUUGAAUGGGAUUGAUAAUUCAGGUCUUAUCCAUGAUGGAGAUGUAAUUUUCAUUCCAGAACCAGUUUCAAAGGUCAAGAAAACUCCAAAACCUCGAAUCAGUAUGAUAGUUGGAAUCACUUUGGCUGCUGUUUCUGUUGUGACAUUGUUAGUCAUGAGUUUUGUGUGGAGUUACUGCUAUAAGAGGAGCCGAAUUCGACAAGCAAAAGCUUAUUCAAGGAGAACUGAAUGCUUGCAUUGUUAUCUUACCACAUGCUCUUUCCAUAAAAAAUCUGAAGAAAGCAUGGCUUCAUCAUUCAAUUUAGAUAAAGCCACUGUCUUCUCCUACAUUGAAGUUUGUGAUGCAACUUGCAACUUCAGUAUGUCUUUAAAGAUUGGCCAAGGAUCUUAUGGGUCUGUUUACCUUGGAAAAUUAAGAGGAAUUGAUGUGGCCAUCAAGCAAAUGAAAGAGACAAAGUCAAAAGAGUUCUUCUCUGAGCUCCAUAUUCUUUCAAGAGUUCACCAUACCAACUUGAUUAAGCUUAUUGGAUAUGCGGGUGGUGGCGACUCUCUGUUUCUAGUAUAUGAAUUUGCCCAAAAUGGAGCAUUGAGCCAUCAUUUGCAUAGACCCACUGCAAGAGGUUAUAAACCUCUUGAAUGGACCACACGACUUCAGAUUGCUCUUGAUGCAGCAAGAGGCCUUGAGUAUAUACAUGAGCACACAAAACCAUAUUAUGUUCAUCGAGAUGUGAAAACAAGCAAUAUUCUCUUAGAUUCCAAUUUUCGGGCAAAGAUCGCAGAUUUUGGACUAGUGAAACUAUUUGAACAUUCUCCAAACUCAGCAGCUGCAGCAUCUAGAAUUGUGGGCACAUUUGGUUAUCUUGCUCCUGAGUACAUUCGUGACGGGUGUGUGACCACAAAGAGUGAUGUCUAUGCUUAUGGAGUUGUUCUUAUGGAACUACUUACUGGCCAACCAGCACUUAGUAGAGAUGCAAAUCCUGGAAACGAUCAGUACAUCGAACAUCGCUCUCUGGUGGAAUAUCUGCUAUCAGCUUUAAAUGACAGUCAUGAUUCCCUCAUGCAAUGCAUUGAUCCAAAUCUCAUUCACUAUCAUGCAGAUUCAGUUUUUCAGAUGGCUCUCUUGUCCAAGGACUGCGUAGAUGAUGACUGGAAUCAACGUCCAGACAUGUCCAGCAUUGUGAUCCGUCUCUUGCACCUUCUUGCCCGCUCCAGGGAGUGGGAGAAGCUAGAGUGCAGCCACCCCAUGUCCUGA